AUGCAGGCGGUAUCGAAGCUCAUAUUCGGGCCGACACAGGAGGAGAGGGUGAAGAAGGUGCAAUCGCAGCUGCGAUCCGAGCAACGAUCGCUGGACCGCGAGAUGCGCCAGAUCGACCAGGGCUCAUCCAAAACCAAAGCAGAGAUCAAGAAGCUCGCCAAGAAGGGCGAUGUCAAGAACGCCAAGAUCCUGGCGAGAGAGGUGGUGCGCGCACAGAAGCAGAAGAACAGGCUCUCGGUGAGCAAGGCGAGACUCAACAGUAUACACAUGCAGCUCCAGCAUCAACUGGCGAUGUACAAGGUGACGGGCAGCAUGGCAAAGUCGACCGAGAUCAUGAAGCUGUCGAAUCAGCUCGUCAAGUUGCCAGAGGUGUCGGCGGCAAUGCGACAGAUGAGCGCCGAGAUGACCAAGGCAGGCAUCAUGGAAGAGCUCAUGGACGACACGCUCGACUCGGGCGUUCUAGGCGAAGACGAGGACGAAAUGGAGGAGGAAGCACAAGCCGAAGUCGACAAGGUGCUGUACCAGCUCACUGACGGCAAACUCGGCCAGGCCAGUACCACAGACCACCUACCGGAUCUCGCAAUCGAAGAUCCAAAGGUCAACGAGGAGGAGGAGCAGCAAGACAUGCAACGCAUGCAGGCCGCAUUAGAUGGUCUUCUUCGUGGUUGA